AUGCCCGAAACACGCGUCCAUACCGACUUCGCUGCCUCAAUCUGCCACAGGGUUACUGGUGCGGCCGAGCCUCUCAUCGAGGAUUUCCGAUCCAGGGGCACCCCCGAUAUCGAGCUGAAGGGCAAGUCGAAAUCGCGAUCCAAGAAGGUUCCUGACAUUGCGUGGGGUCGUUUCCCCCUCGAGACGAACCCUCCUAAUGUCGCCGAGGUUGCCUACUCCCACCCCAGCGGACCCCAGGACCCCAAAAUCCUGAAGGUCUGCCAGGGAUAUCUGGAGGGCACGCGCGGUCGUCGCAGAAUCCGGGCUGUCCUCGGCUUCAAGAUCUACUACCCUACUAACCCAACUAGCAAUUUCGAGGCCAUCCUGGAACAUCUCAACGAGUGCUUCGCCGGCGUCUAG